AUGGAGUCUCCUCCUCUCUCUCUCCCUUCCUCAGAUCUCACUCUCUGAAAAAAUCUCUCAAAGCCAUGUCUUAUCUUCUUCGCUCCGAUCCAGUGUCUCGAAUCCACCCAGAGCCUCAAUCUCUAACCUCUUUCGACCACUUCGAUCUUCUCCCUGACUCUCUCCUCCUCUUAAUCUUCGAUAAAGUCGCCGACGUCAAAGAUCUCGGCCGUUGCUGCAUCGUUUCCCGUAGAUUCCACUCUCUUGUCCCUUUCGUUGAGAACGUUCUCGUCCGUGUUGAUUGUGUUAUCUCCGAUGAUGAUUCUUCUAACUCUGACGAUCGUCGAUUCUCUCUCAACGCUGCUUCGAUUUCUGACGCCGCCGGUGCUGGUGGUUCUUUCUCCGCCUUGUUCCGUCUCGUCUUCGCUCCAAUUUUCAAACCGUUUCAAGCGUUAGGGCAGUUUCUAGUACCGAAACGAUCAUCGUCAUCGUCGUCGUUUGAUGCAUCGUUUUCAGCGAUUAACGAUGAAAUCGGCGGUGAGAUCGGCGUUACGCAUCAUUCUCCGACUCAGGUAUUGAAAAACUUCGGUGAGAUUCGGUUUUUAAAAAUCGAACUUCCGACGGGAGAAUUAGGGAUUGAGGAUGGUAUUUUGUUAAAAUGGAGAGCUGAUUUUGGAUCUACGCUUGAUAAUUGUAUGAUUCUUGGUGCAUCUUCGGUGAUUCGAUCGAAUUCAGUGAAGAAUCUUGAGAAUUUUGUUGAUGAAGACAAUGGUAACAUACCUGAGUCGUUCUACACUAAUGGAGGACUUAAGCUCCGUGUAGUUUGGACGAUUAGCUCAUUAAUCGCCGCCUCGGCUCGGCAUUAUCUUCUUCAGCCGAUUAUCACUGAGCACAAGACGUUAGAUCGUUUGGUUCUCUCUGAUGCUGAUGGACAAGGUGUUUUGUGUAUGAAUAGAGAACAGCUUGAAGAGCUUAGAGUUACUCCUUUAUCGGCUUCUUCCGCUUCGAAGAGGACGCUUGUGCCGGCAUUGAACAUGAGGUUGUGGUAUGCUCCGCAGUUGGAAUUACCUGAUGGCACGAUGUUGAAAGGUGCGACAUUGGUGGCUAUUAGGCCGAGUGAGUCGAAGAAGGAAGUGUGUGAUGCUUCUUGGUUGUCUGAUGCAUUUGAGGAACCGUAUGGGACUGCGGCGAAGAUGUUGAUCAAGAGGAGGACUUAUUGUCUUGAGAUGAACUCGUUCUGAUUUCGCAAUAUGACCGGUUUCAGACAUUUUGCAGAUGGUGGGAGCAAACAAAUCCACAUAUGUUGGAGAAUGGAGGAAAGGGAUCAGAGAGAUCACAUAUGUCCUGAAGCCAAAAACCGCAAAUCUCUUGACUUUUUGACACAUACUGCUUCGCCAGUCAUGAGGAGUGCGUCGAAUCUGCAGGCAUGGAGGAUGCCUAAGGGAGGUUCUCUGAAACCGAAGAAGAACACCAUUGUACAUACACUCUUGUAAAAGAUGUCUGCGAAUGAGCAAGAAUAUGUGUGUUGUCUUUGUUUAAAAGAGACGCAUAUCAGGAUGGGAAUCGUCGUAACACGUAAGGGAUUAUGUUACAAAAGAGUCUGUAAUGAAUGUUUUUAAGCUUU